ACUUGGCGCCCAAAACUGUAUGCAAAAUAAAAUUCUAUGCAAACGAAGGAUUUUUUUUGCGCAUUCAAUUUGAACACGUUUCCACGAUAAAGAACAAAACAUAUUGUCGCUCUUUUGCAACUGGACCAAUUUUAAACAAACAAUCUAGAACUCUGCUCACCGACUUAUAAUCUUAUACACCUGUACUCUAUAAAGUCAUUCUAUUGAAUACACACACAUAUCGCCAAAGGACGCACAGAGGACACGGUGCACGAGCUGCUGUGCUGUGAUUGCAGCAAAGCCCCAUUUCCAACUUCCCCCCGCCCACCUGCUGAGUAAACCCAAUCAAGACGGCGCCGCUUAAGCCACAAGCCUACAAAUUUGGUCAGAUGUUAUGUUGUGGCUUCUGUUGUGGCAACAUGUCGAAACGGGACUACAAAGUGGCCACCACAGAUGGCAUCGAGCUGGAGCCGUUGGGAGGCGAAAAGAGCGAUAAGGAGAAAGACAAGGACAAGGAGAAGCAAACGAAUGGCGUCACCUUUGGUGGCGAAUCGAGUGGAGGCCGCCAGACGCGCACCGGAGUCGCCGUCUGCUCGCAGCGACGGGCCCUUCUCGUUGCAGGCAUCGUGCUCGGCUCCCUGCUGCUGACGGCCGUUAUCAUUGCCUACGCCGGACCUCAAAAUGACUGUUCCUGUGCGGCGAAAACGGCGUCUGAUUAUGAAACGGAUGAAGAAAACAACACACAGCCAUUCAAUCCAAUUGCCACAAACGGGGAGCCCUUCCCCUGGCUGGAAAAGCUGCUGCCCAACAGCGUGCGACCCUUGCGCUACAUGGUUACGAUACACCCCAAUCUCACAACGCUGGACGUCAAAGGUCAAGUGACCAUCGAUCUGUUCAUAGAGAGGGAAACCAACUUCAUAGUGCUACACAUACAGGACCUGAAUGUUACCGAGAAGGCGCUGGUUACGCCCGGUCCCAAGGGCUAUGCCUUGAAGAUAGUCAAGGUGCUGGAAUUUCCGCCACGUCAGCAAUUUUACAUUGAGGUUAAGGAGAAGCUCAAGAAGAAAUCCAAUUAUACUCUGAAUUUACGCUGGUAUUCCAAGCUGAAUCCCGAGCCGGAGGGUUUCUAUGUGGAUCAGUACGAAAGCUUCAAUGGACGUGAACGCCUGCUGGCAGCCACGGUCUUCAGGCCAAAUGGCGCACGUCGGGCCUUUCCCUGUUUUGAUGAACCGCACGUGCGUGCGCCUUUCCGCAUCUCUGUAUUUCGUGACCGCUUCCAUAUAGGUCUAUCCAAUUCGAUAGUGCAUACCACAGAGGAUGUGGGCUUCUACAUGGGCACAGGCCUGCUGCGUGAUGACUUCAUCGAGACGCCACCAUUGCCCGCCGAUGCAGUUGCCUGGGUGGUCAGCGACUUUCAGCGGGAAUCGCUGCAACCCUCGGCUGCGUACAUACCCACCACGGUGGCUCCAGCCACCGCCGGCAGCGGCAAGAAGCCCUCACAGCUGAACAACUACACGCAGCUGAAGAGCAAAAAUCCGCCGGUGCGCAAUAUUACGGCUCUGACGCACUCGCUCAACGUGAAUUUGACGCCCUUUCACAAUAUCAGCAGCUCGACGACCACAGCGCUGCCCAUGACCAUCAAUGGGAAUGGCAAACCCACAAAUCUGACCUCGUUGUCACAGUCCACCGGCUCGUCCAUUAAGCGCGCACCAUCGUAUACCUUCUAUGCGCCCAGAGAUUUGCUGCCGCGCUCUUCCUUCAUUCUGCACACAUCCCGUGAUGUGUUGGAGUAUCUCCAGACCUGGCUGGACAUCAGUUAUCCCCUGACUAAGGUGGACUUUGUGGCGCUGCCUUCGCUGGACCGCAAUUUGAUCUCCUCCUUGGGUCUGGUCACGUUGAAGACUUCUUUUCUGACCGAUCCCCAUUCCAUUACCUCGGAGCAGUAUCAGUUCAGUGCGCUGCGCAUUGCCGAGGCCAUGGUGCGUCAGUUCUUCGGCGGCAUCACCUCGCGCAAGGUGCUCAAGGAUGUCUGGCUGUGGGAGGGUCUCAUUCAAUAUCUGGGCAUACAUGCGCUGGCGCCACUCCAAGACAGCUGGCCGCUGCGCGAGAUGUAUCUGCUGAAGAUGGCCAACGCGGCGCUGGACAUUGAUGCCAUUCAGGGCUGGGACAGCAUCAUGAACGGCACCCGGCACGAUGGCAACAACGAGGAGUUCUUUGUCCAGAAAACGGCAGCUAUAUUCUCCAUGCUGCACACGGCCAUUGGCGAGGAUCGCUUCCGCGGCUGCCUGGGCACCUUCCUCAAGCUGAACCGUUUCAAGACCGCCGAGCCCACGGAUCUCUGGACCAUAUGCACGAAAAAGGCGAAUGGCUCAAAGAAUAUUAAGGACAUGAUGACGCUGUGGACACAUCAGCCCGGAUUUCCGCUGCUCACCGUUACCAAAAUGGGCAACACCAUAUCCAUAUCGCAGCGACCCUUCAAGCCAGCCGACUUUCUGGCCAUUCACGAUGAAUCCUACGAUGGCAACAACUACAACAAGACCACACUGAAUGCCACCGACAUGCCCAGCACCGUGGCGCCCACCCAUGCCAGCAAGCACAAGUCUGUGCCACAUCUCAAAUGGAUUUUUCCGGUUACAUAUGUCACCGAUAUCAACAAUGUCAGCGAGACGCUCUGGAUGCAGAACAUCGAUGUAACUUUCAAUGUGCCGGAGAAUGUGAAAUGGAUCAAGGUGAAUGCCAUACAGAAUGGUUAUUAUCGCGUCGUCUACAACGAUGACAACUGGGCUAGUCUCAUCGAGGAGCUAUCCAACAAUCCGAAUCGUUUUAGCAGCGAGGAUCGUCUCGGCCUGCUCUCGGAUGCGUUUACCUUGUGCCAUGCGAAUCUGUUGCCCUGCGAGAUUACGAUGAACAUGAUCCAAUAUUUGCCCAGUGAGACGCAUUACGGUCCAAUGGCAUUGGCUGUGCGACAUUUGGAGAAGUGGCGUCGCAUACUCAAGUACUCGGAAUGUUUCCUCAUGCUCAGCGAGUUUAUCAAAAUGAAACUAUCCACUGUCAUGGAAAAGGUGGGCUGGACCGAUGAGGGCGAUGUGGCCAGCAGGCUCAUGCGGCCCGAGGUGCUCCUGGCAUCGGUGCUGUGGGAGGACAUUGACAGCAUUACGAAGGCGAAGAAUAUGUUGAAUCAAUAUUUGUACUACAACGGAUCCGCCAUAGCGCCCAAUUUGCGUGAGGUGGUCUACACGGGCUCUAUACUAUCCGGUGAGUACAUCUAUUGGCAGCAUUGCUGGGAGCGCUUUGUCAACUUGCAGCGCACCUCGGAGACAUUUGUGGAACGGAUGCAGUUGCUGCGCGCCUUGGGGCGCACCAAGGAUGCCUGGCUGCAGAAUCGCUUGCUAUCGCAUGUCACCAUGCUGCCCACCGAGGAGGUGGUACAGGUGCUCAAGGCCAUCGCAGGCACGCCCACCGGCGGUGCGAUGGCCUGCCGCUUUCUGCAGGCCAAAUGGUUUGAGCUGGAGAAGCGUCUGGGCCCGGACACCAUUAGCUUCGCCAAGGUGAUAUCGGCCAUAACGCAAUAUGGCGCAACGAAAUUCGAUUACGAUGAGCUGAAGUCCUUGGUACAUCGCUUUGGGCGUGGUCAGGGCAUGUCCGUGCUGAACAUGACGCUCAGCAGCGUUGCCUCCAAUGUGGAAUGGGUGGCCAGAUCCCAGACGGCGCUCUAUAAAUGGGUGGAAAGUAAUUUGCAUUCGCAUCGAUAGAGCAUUGCGCCUCCAAAGCACAUAGAACUAUUCGAAUUUUAGUUUAAUUAUGUUCUGUGGUGUUGGGGCUGGAAGCGGUGCUCCCCAAUUCAUUUGUAAUUAUGUUCCUUGCAGGCAGAAACACACACACUCACACACACGAAAAUAAUCAAUGAAUUAAUUAAUUAUAUAUAAUUAUUUAAAGUACUUACUAAAGUAAUAAUAAUUACCAUAUCAUUGCCAUACACUUGCCACUUUGCGAUUACCUAUCGACAGGGUUUGAGAUCUCCAUUAGUUGUAUUUGGUUCUACUUCCUACUUGGGAUUCAGUUAACGCAAUAAAAUGAAAUUCAACUGUAAAUUAGGAAAGCAAACACACCAAUCUCUUAAGUAUAUAUAUAUAUAUAUUGUAUGGAAAAUACGCAUACUUACUGAUGCCAUUUUCUAUUAUCUACAACUGAACAUAAAGAUAUAUCUAUAUUGUAUAUGUAUGUAUAUUUUACAAAACCGAAAACAAAAGAGGAAGCAUAUUUAGAGAAAAGUAAUAUAGCCUGUAAGACAAAACAAAUUAACAUAUUUUUUCAGCAAAACUUAAAAGAAAAAACCAAAAACAUAUAAAACACUUACAAAUGAAAAAAACAAAAAAAGGAAGUAAAAAACAAUCCAUUAACAAAUUAUGAUAAAUGUAUAGCAUAUUCUUUAACGUAAGACUCGUUUCUUAAGCUGUAUGUGUGUGUAUAUGUAAAUGUAUGUGUGCGCAUUGAUAUAUCACAGAACUCUUCCUUUUCCAAAAAAAAAAGAAAAAAAUAUACUUGCAAUAUGAGAACUCCAUAAAGGCAUAUGUACAUAGAGCAAGCAUUUUGCCAAAACUCUCGACACUUUUUAUUUAUGCACAACAAAUUAUUGACAUUAUUAUCGAUAGAAGUACGUAUGUAUUUAUGUGUAUUUACAAACUUUUACCUUAUGGCCACACAGUUUAUGGGCCGUGCAUUCAGUUACCGCUGGUUACAGUGAGACCUCACUUAAACGAACGAGCACAGUUAACCAGUUAUAUUUUUUUUCGUUCUGCUUAGGGAAAUGUUUUUUUAUAUUUCUUUCUGUUCCAAAAGAAAUAUCUAAAAACUUGUCUAUUUCACAAAACGUUCCAAAGAAUUGAAAAUUAUUCCAAUUUUCACUAUUUACAAGUUUAAGAAAGUUAAAUGUUGCUGCGAACGAUUUUCAUUAACAAAGUCUAAGCGAGAUAAAGUUUAUUAAACAAUAGAUUGAAACUAAAAUUAAAUUGCAGAUAUCAGGAGAUAUCAGACCAAGGUAGCUUUCGUUAGUCCGUUAACGGGGCUUUUCCUGUACUUACUUUGGACAACUUUGUGCC